AUUUCCAUUGCAAGCACUUUUCGACCAACUGUGGAUUUGUCUAUCGGUGGUGACUCGUUGAUAUUGCUAGCAGCUGGUUAAUUGGCCCAGAAUGUUUCGCUAUAAUCGCCAACAACUGUUUUUGGUCGAGCUCUUCGUUUAUUUUUGCAGAGGAAUAAAAGCCAUCGUAGGGCGUAACUGGCCCAACAGAAGGGUUUGUAAUGGCCGAGGAGAAGCAUCGUAUGUUGUUCCAAGACCAGGAUCCCGGUCAGGAUCUGCAGAAACAGCGACCCAUGUCCUUGUCGCCAUCGGAACCGCCUACCUACGAUAAUGCAAUGCAAAAGUCCGCGAUUCAGGAGAGUUUGAACUACUCCACCGAUCGUCGAAGAACUGUUUUUGCAGAACCCCAACAUCUAAGGUCCAGGGUGGAGGAGAUGCCUUUGCACCAAAUGGAGGACGAGGUGAGCGUGCAAUCGGAACGAUUAGCAAUGCCACCAGUGAGAAAUUUCUUUAUCCUAAGCCCGCAACCCAAACUGGGUAACCAGGCGAUGGACAUCGUGUGCCCAGCUUGUGGUCAACGGGGAGUCACCCGUUUGAAGAGGUCACCUAAUGCUCGGACCAACCUUUGGGCCAUCUACUUGUGCACUUUUGGUUGGUGCUGCUGCGCUUGCUUGUUUCCGUAUCUAUGGAAUGGCUGCCGGACAACGAAUCAUUACUGCUCCGUCUGCGAGAUCUUCCUGGGCGCACAUUAUCCGCGGAGCUGCUGCUGCCGGCGGCUGUAGUCCGGAAAUAUCCAGCAGGAUCGCAGCCCGGAAUCCGGCCGCUAAUUGUGAAAGUUUUCCGUGUGUGCGAAUAAAGCUGAGUGGGCGGCACGCGCUUCUGACCACAAGGACUCGGCGCUUAUUCGCUUGUAAUGAGUAACGCAGUGCCGGACGCGGCCGGAAAUUGUGCGACGUCAAAUCGAAUUGCCUACCUAAGCCCAUCGUCCUGCGUCCUUCGUCCUCAAUCCGCAAUCCACAAUC